UUGUGAAAUAAAACUCUCACGACCUGUCUUGCACCUCGAUAAUGCGUAUAUAAACACCACUUUUAUACCAUACUCCCUCAUACCUCUCACCCUCCCACCUCAAGCCGCAGUCCCAUCCACCGCGAGUCCUCAGCAGCAACAAGACAUUUUACGGAACAGCUGAAGAUUCUAAUCAUGUCGACAACUGCGAGGCAAUCCUUCAUCGGCGCCACGUCUUCGGAGGAGAAUGCAAGGAUAUUGGCUGAUCCAGGUGCUUCAUAUCGCCUGCUGUACUGGGAUGUGGCCUCUGUUGGAGCCACAUCCCGCGAUAUUUUGACGUAUGGAAAGGCCAGGUGGAGCAACCGGUUGCCCGCUGACGAUGAGUGGCAAGCUGGAAAGCUCCCCACACCGUUCGGAGUAAUGCCGGUGUUGACAGUUACCGGCCUAGGUGGCAAGGAGGUCGUAAUGUCAGAAUCUAUCGUCAUUGACCACUACCUCGCAAAGAAGUUCGGAUUAUUGGGCAACAACGAGUGGGAAGAGAUUACUAUCAAGGCAUUCUACAGCAACAUCCAUUACCUUCGUGAGCGAUCCUUCAUGUGUGUGACAUGGACAUACGCGGACAAGCGCAAGGUCGCACUGGAGACCUUUAUGACGAAGACGUUGCCAACUUUCAUUGCGGAUCAUGAAUUCCACCUGAAGGCCAAUGGAUCAAACGGACAUUACGUUGGGGACAAGCUCUCUCUGGCGGAUAUUCACUUGGCUAACGUGAUGGAUCACUUCUCGCACCUACCAUCUGGCGAAGCAAUCACGGCAGAGUUUAAGAAGUGCACAGAGUUGUGGAAAGUCAAGGAGACGGUGGAGCAGAAUCCAGAGAUCGCUGCCUGGAGAGCUACGGAUGAAUGUAAAGCGCUCGUGAAGGGGUCAAUCUACUGUUAUUCCCACACCGCUCCAUCCGACGGCGCGGACCAGGAAGAAUAGAUUUGGUCACUAAACCAUGCAAUUGGAUGCAUGCACAAGAAAAUACUCCUGUACAAUGAUCAUUCAUAAACGUGGCCAUUUUUGGUCAUGAUUAUGAGGAAAUGGAAAUUCGCAUUCUAUUCAAGUUAAUAAUAUAUAGUCAUUAUCCUUCGGGCCAGGACCAUAUAUGUGUUAUCUUCUUUUAUUGAAAUAAAACGCGAAAAUCCAGAAA